CUUAUGAUCACAAUCCAGUUAGAGUUCAUAUUUACAUUGAUAUAGAACUUAAUACAGUCUUUAUAGCGUUAAUUUAUUGGGACAAAGAAAUUAACAUUACGUUCCUAAAUGCUAUUAGGCCUUAUGAACAGACGGUACAUUUUAUAACGCCGCCCAAUGCUAAUCCUAGAGCAUUACAAACUAAAAAAAGUGACAUAGAUCAAAUAACAAUAGACCAAAUCGUAACUCCGAUCAUAGGUGGAGAAGGAUUAUUUAGCAAUAAUACACUUAAUGGGACUUUCUGUUCAGUAGGCUUUUCCGCAAGAAGUAUAAAAGAUGCAAAUGUGAAAUACAUCGUUGCCGCAGGACAUUGUAUUAAUAAAAAGAUUACUACUGAGCAAAAUCUUUUUUUAGUGUUCCAUGGAGCCACAACAAUUUUGAUUUUACGUCCAAUUUAA